AUGCUCAGGCACCUGCACGCGAGCCACAGCAUCGUCCCGCUCGAUGACAGCAGUGGAGACACCGACCUCAAGCCCAGGCUUUGGGGCGGCGCCGCGGGCGUGCUGGCCCACGGGAUUGACAUGUCGGGCUUCAACGGUUCACCUGGCGGCCUGCCGCCGCCCGCCCGCACGCUGUGGGACACUCUCGGCGUGCCCGACCGCAGCCAUCCGUGGGGUGAUCGCCUCUCCUGCAGCCUCCUCAGCCUUCGCUCUCCCGGCCUCUACGACGCCUCGAAUGUGCCGCUGCUCGCGGAGGCCGGCUACACACACCUGCCCGCCGUGCUGCUCGACGCCGAGGCGAGGCCCUGCUGCGGGGACCGCGACUACGCACAGCGCGAGGCGCGGCCAUGGGGCUUCGAGGGCGACGCCCGCGCCUACAAGCCGGAUGAGCUGGCCAAGUGCCUCGACGGAAUGGAGGCGGAGCGGUGCGUCGAGGGACGCUGGUGCGCGCUCAGCCACAACGAGCUGGUGCUCGACAUUGCGGACAGCGGCGACGACGGGCUCCAGCGCUUCGUGCGGGCGGUCGUUGUCGACAGCAGGGCGAGCGGAAUGGCGGUGAGGCUCGCCCGAGCAGUGUGGGCGGCGGCGGAGCAGAGCAACAGGACGGUGCCGCUGUUGCAUUACGACCCUCGGUCUGUGGCGGCCCCCUUCUCAGAGGUGGAUAAUGAGGGGUGA